CCCGUUGAACCCCUACCCGCUGAACUGCACCAUCGCCGGCUGCGACUAACCGUCAGGCUGUAGCGCUCUGGCCUCCUGGCUCCGGUAGCAGCCUUUCAUGAGCUCGGCACAUCCUCACUGCACACAUUCCCUAAACUUUUGAGCAGCAGAUAGACACACUUAACCGCUGGGCUCUAGGGGCUGGCUUCCAUAGUCUUGGGCACGCUAGAGCCCUGGCUAAUGAACCUCAGGCACAUCUAUUACAUUCGUCAAGAAGUCCAUCAGUCUUUGUUGGGUACCAGAUGUUCAUUUAGCAAUACAUUUCUGAAGCAUAGACUUCAGCCAAAUGAGCCGGCUUCUAAGUUCAACAUGUAUGAAGCUUUGUCGGGUUCCACUGCUGACAAUGAAGACAGCCUUGUGACAAUGAAGGUGGAGGAUCCCACCUGGGAGCAGCCAGGCAACUCACAGGCCGGCAGGACCCAUACUCAGGAACUUCACCUCCUGAGAUUUCGGCAGUUCUGUUACCAGAAGGCCCCUGGGCCCCGGGAAGCCUGGCUUUGGGAACUUUGCCAUCAGUGACUGAGGCCAGAGACCCACAGCAAGGAGCAGAUCCUGGAGCUGCUGGUGCUGGAGCAGUUCCUGACCAUCCUGCCCAAAGACCUCCAAGCCUGGGUACAGAUGUAUCGUCCGCAGAGGGACGAGGCAGCGGCAUUGCUGGAGAACCUAGCCUCAGAACGUGGAGACACAGAGAGCAGGUGGAAAAGUAAUGAAUGUGCCAGUGUGAGAGAAACAGGGAUUUGCUCCUCAGGGAGUAGGCUAUCUCCAAGAAGAAGUUCCAAAGGCAAUGCAGCAGUGCCCUGGUCUAUCUCACCUAGGCUCCAGAGCAUGUUCUAUUUUCUUUCUCAGAGCUUGUGCGCCCCACAUUCCUGGUUGUACAAGACAGUCUCAAGGUUGAACACUCUUAGGAACUGCCACCCACCCCGAGAUUCCUGGGCCAGGAUGCACAUCACAUCCUUGCAAGACAUCACUCGGAAAGGAAGGGAAAAAGACAAAUCUCGAGUGAGCAAGCUGCUUCAGGGCCUCGCGUUUUCUGAUGACUCAGAGGCAGAGGAAGACAAUGAGCCUGAGGUGCAGCCUCACAGAAAGAAGCUAAAGGUGUCCACUGUCCCCGAGAAGAAUUGGACUAAAUGUCUUAAGCCCAACUUUCCAAGCUGGUCAGCACUGGAUUCUGGACUUUUGAGUCUCAAGAGUGAGAAGUUGAACCCAGUAGAGCUCUUUGAAUUAUUUUUUGAUGAUGAAACAUUUAACUUGAUUGUCAAUGAAACCAAUAAUUAUGCUUCUCAGAAAAAUGUCAGCUUGGAAGUCACAGUGCAGGAAAUGCAGUGUGUGUUUGGUGUCCUGCUCUGGAGUAAACUCGCAAAGCAUCCCAGGAAGGGAAUGUGUUGGAAAAUCUCUGAUGCUGAUCAGACCCUGGUUAGAAAUGCAAUUAAAAGGGACAGGUUUGAGUUGAUUUUCUCAUACUUGCAUUUUGCUGAUAAUAGCCACCUAGAUCAAAAAGAUAAGUUUUCAAAACUGAGGCCUCUAAUAAAGCAAAUGAAUAAGAAUUUCCUCCUGUACGCUGCCCCCCCCCCCCAUUAUUUUGGCAGGUUGAUGUGUGAAUGCUCUGAUAGUGACCAAUUUCUGAGUGGAAAGCCUCUUAGAAUUGGCUAUAAAAUUUGGUAUGGCACAACCACACAAGACUACCACCUCGUUUGGUUUGAGCCCUACCAAAAAGACUCAGCUGUGGAAACAGAUAAGGAGCUGGACCUUGGGCUAGGUGGGAAUCUAAUAAUGAACUUUGCUGAUGAUCUUUUGCAGAAAGGUCAUUAUCCCUAUCACCUGUGUUUUGAUAGCUUCUUUACAAGUGUUCAACUGAUAUCAGCUUUGAAGAAGAAGGGGGUGAAGGCUACAGGAUCAAUUCGUGAGAACAGGACUGAAAAAUUCCCGCUCAUGAAUGUAGAACAUAUGAAAAAGAUGCCGGGCGGUGGUGGCGCACACCUUUGAUCCCAGCACUCGGGAGGCAGA